AUGUCAUCGAUGAAUCGAUCUGAUGAAUUCAAGCUGAUUCGUAACAUUCCAGUACGACAAUUACCUGUAAAUCGAUCUGGUAUCACUCUGGUUUGGCUCGAAAAUGCAUUAUCUCCAUCAGGCAAUGAGAGUCAAACUCGAUUGCAUAGCUUUGCCCACCGAUGCUUCAUUGUUUAUUACUCAAGUAUAUCGAAAUGUAUGAAAUACUUCAAGCAAGCUCGAUCGCGUGAAUACGUCAUUGCUAUUCUUGUACAUUAUCCUAUAGAGACAGUUCAACGUAUCAUUUAUCGAUUGCAGCAAUAUCGUGUUAUUCAAACCAUGUUGAUUAUUCCGACUGAUAGCGAUGAAGAUAAUCAUCUGCCGAUAACAAACGAUAAUCUGCAUAUUUUUCGAAGUCAACAAUCAAUGUUUGAAGUUUUAGAAAAACGAAUUGAAGAAAUCCACACAAACAGUUUGAAUGGGGGUUUAUUUACAACGUUCUAUCGAAAAGAAAAGGCUCUGAAAGAUGUUCGAGACGAUUUAGCAUCAUUUGUUUGGUAUCAUGUAUUCAAAGGUUGGUACGUUUAA